CUGACGUCGAGUCGCUUUCGGCGGCGUUUCGGUCGACAGGCGUUCGGAAGAGCGCUCGGAUGAGAGGAACACAGCGAGAGUUGUCGUACGCAUGCGUCGCACAGACAGACAAAUGGAGGACUUGUUGUCAAAAGAGAUGACUUCUUCCGCAUCGGACGCCGCGAGUAAUCAGAGUCGCGGACAGAACGCUCUUCAGCGGAGGGCUCUUCAGCUGAAACGGUGGACGGAAUGGACGCAAUCGGAGGCCGAGAAGGCGCCCAAAGGCGGACCGCAGGCGACGCCAAAAGUGCAGUUCUCGUCGGCGACGCUCUUCCUGUCGGCCGUCGCGCAGAACGACGUCAACGAAUGCGAGCGACUGUUGCGGACGACACGUGACCUCAACGUCAACGUCACGACCGGCGACGGUCUGACGGCUUUGCAUCAGAUGGCGAUCGACGACAACCUCGCGAUGUGUCGCUGGCUCCUCGACAACGGCGCCGACGCCAACUGCAAAGACAACGAGGGCUGGACGCCUCUGCACGCGUCGGCCAGUUGCGGUCACGUGGAAGUCGUUCGUCUGCUGUUGUCGCGCGACGACAUCGACGUCUUCGCCAUCAACUGCGACGGAGAGUUGGCGCGCGACGUCUGUGACGGCGAACAGUGUCUGAACGCGAUUGAGGAGCGAAUGGUGGCUGAGUUGCGACAGCGCGACGACAAGACGACACUCGCGACGACGGACGACGACUCUCUCAUUGGAGAGCAAGUGUUGCGCGACUUAAGGAAUAAGGAGUUGAAGCAAAUCGAGCGCGACUUCGAGGCCUUCCUGCGCGAGACGUCCGCGCCGUCCGAACACGACUUCCGCGCCUUUCUC